AAAGUGGCUAAUAGUCUUUUCUGUAAAUGAGAUUGGCGUGUGAUUGAGUCUGCUGGACUUGAACCACAUUGAAGUACUGCUGCCAAAAGUGGGUAAGCUUUGCACUGGUGGCAGCAGGAUUGUGUCUACAGAUAAGUGUAGGGUUGCUUUUUGUAAUAUACUUAGUUAUAUGUCUUUGGUUUGUUUUCUAAGCCUGCUUUGUUAAGGUUUAUGGUUUACUUGAUCUACCGUUUAAACUAGGAUAUGAUUUAGUGCCAUCUAGUGGCAAAAUUGCAGAUGACAUCCCACUAAGUGUGGUCCAGUUCCUUCUCCUGAUGCUGCGGUUGUGGUUCAUCUAAUCAGGUGGAGAACAUAUGUGCGUGUAGGAGGAAGUAAACGCAGUCACACAAAAAAACCCCAGCAGUUUUAAUGAUGCGAGGUGUUUUGCAUUGGCCGAAACGUCAAUGUAAACCUCAUCAGCUAACUGUGUAUCCAUCAUGCUAUGGCCUCCAUAGGGAAAAAAAGAAUAAACAAGAAACACAUUUGGUUAUUUCAACGCAUGUUAAAAUGUUACGCAUUUUUCAAAAAUGAGAGCAAAUUCUGACGUUCUUGUUUGUAUUUUUUCUUUCCAGGUACUCCUUUGGUGAGUGAACGUCAUACUAGUUUGACCAGGGCUUCCUUUGUUUUUCCUUCUCCAAACGAAGACAUGGAUUGGAAGCACGAGAAGGAUGGUUGGGAGAGCCAGCUGUUGGAGACGGGCUUCCUGGCUGUCUUCCUGUGUCCGGUAUGGACUCUGUCCCAGGUCCCCGGCAGCUGUCCCCCCUCCCUCGUCUGCAUCUGGACCUUCAGGUGGCUCAUCGUUCGCAUCAUGCUGGGAGCUGGCCUCAUUAAAAUCAGAGGAGACCAGUGCUGGAGAGACCUGACCUGCAUGGACUACCACUAUGAGACCCAGCCAGUGCCAAACCCCAUGUCCUACUACAUGCACCGCUCCCCGUGGUGGUUCCACCGCUUCGAGACACUGUCCAACCACUUCAUUGAGCUCAUCGCUCCCUUCUUCACCUUCCUGGGCCGCCGGCUGUGCAUGGUGAACGGAGCCAUCCAGAUUCUCUUUCAGGUGGUCUUGAUCAUCAGCGGGAACUUGAGUUUCCUCAACUGGCUGACCAUUGUUCCGAGUUUGGCCUGCUUCGACGAUGCAUCUCUAAGCUUUCUGUUUCGCUGCGGCUCCAGGGCUAAGAAAGCGGCGCUGGAAAUGCAGAAGAAGGAGGUGACCGGAAAAGGUCCCAAACCCACAAAAGGCAUGUUGAUACGGCGGGUGUUGAACAUUUCUUUGGGUGUUCUCAUUGGUGUCCUGAGCGUGCCGGUGGUGAUGAACCUGUUGAGUCCGCGGCAGGUGAUGAACACUUCCUUUGACCCGUUGCGCAUCGUCAACACCUACGGGGCUUUUGGAAGCAUCACCAAAGAACGGACCGAGGUGAUCUUCCAGGGAACUCUGAGCCCAGAUCCCAAAGACCCUGAGGCGAUUUGGGAGGAGUACCAGUUCAAGUGUAAGCCGGGAGACGUGUACCGACGGCCCUGCCUCAUAUCGCCCUACCACUACCGGCUGGACUGGCUCAUGUGGUUCGCUGCCUUCCAGACCUAUGAGCAAAGCGAGUGGGUCAUCCACGUGGCGGGACGCCUGCUGGCCAACGACAGCACCAUCCUCUCGCUGCUCGACCACAACCCCUUCCAAGACAGAGACGCCCCCAGAUGGGUUCGAGGAGAACACUUCAGGUACAAAUUCUCUCAGCCGGGCAGCGCCAGCGCAGCGCAGGGCAAAUGGUGGCUGAGAAAACGCAUCGGAGCCUACUUUCCUGCUGUAGACCUGGAAGGACUCAGAGGCUACUUCCAGUCCAGAAACUGGCCUCACCCACAUAUCUCACCAAGCAGGAGCUGAAGUCAUUUCAAAGCAGUUUGGAGUCAAGGUUACACUUUAUGCAGACGACAUCAGGUUUCUCAAGAACUGCUUGACAAAACGUCUCCUCACUCUGAACACCAGUACAACCAUUCCCAAUCAAUGUGAAGGUUUUGAAGCUCUCAGUUUCAAACGAAUAAGCUCUGAAAACAUGCUGAGGAUACCUGAAAGUAAACGUACUAACCGGUUGAAAAUGUAAAAAAUGAAAACCGCCACCAUGACAACUUCGGUCAACUUGUAUCAUUUUCUCUCCAAGUCUCUGUGGCUUCCUGCAUUCUUUAUUUUUUUUAACUAGCUUUAGCUUAGCGGAAUUUUGAGAGUCGAGUCACAUUAGCAUGCUGUCUGGGACCAAAAUACAGUGUCAAAACAAGCUCACUUUCACUAGAGCACUUGUGUAAAUAACAAAAAAACACUAAGGAGGUCUUCUUUGUCAAAACAUUUUCAAAUCUAAAUAUUUUUCUUUACAAAAUUUCAAAUAUGGGUCCUGUGGUGGCGCAGGGGCAAUGCAUGACCCACAUAUUGAGGCCUUAUUCGUCGUGGCGGUGGUCGCAGGUUUGAUUCCUGGCCUGGCGAAAUAUGCUGCAUGUCUUCCCCCUCUCAUUACCCACUUUCCUGUCAGACUACUUUCAAACAUAGGCCUUUAAAAAUAUAUAUAUAUAAAUUUGAAAUUCAGAGGAGAAAUAUUUGAUAGACUGAAAAACCUAUUUUGAAUACAUUUAAACAAAACAGUGUUGAAAGAAAGCAGAUGGCCAAACUUAUUUUCUCUGAUGAAACAUCCUUUUAUUAAUAUGGAACAGCUGAGAAAUUAUUCAUCUUCCUUGGAGAUGUGCUUUUUCUUCUUCUCAAGCACUUCCAUUAAUAAAGAGUGAGCUCUAAAUGCCUUCCAAGAGUAUUUUCCAGCAUGAUGGAGCACCAUUUCACACAACAAAAUGUGAAAACUUUGUUUCAAAGAGCCUUCCCAGAUCAUAACAAUUCUGAGAAUGUGUUGUCGCUAGCAGGUUAACCAAAAAUGUCCAACAAACCUGAUCAACUCUGAACUCUGAUGACAAGAAUGGAUCAUCAUAAAUCAAUAGUUGGUCCAGAACCUGCAGCAGGGAAAACUUGAGUUUUAAAGAAGAAAGAUAAACACUAUAAGUGUUAAUUAUUUAUAUAAAUUGUGAAAAUUUACAUAUGAAAUUCUUAAAACGUUUAAAAAGUUUGAGUCACCCAUCAUUAAUCCAGAGACAUGGAGAAGAAACUAAAAAGCCACAGGACAACGCAAUAUCAAAGAAAGACCAGCAGAUGGUGCUGUUACUCCAGACACCCAGUCUUAUCUGACCCCAGCUGAACCUCUACAGAUAAAAAUGUGUUCAGGAACAGCUCAAGUACAACCAAGCAUCAAGCCUGCCAUAAACUGGAAGAUGUUGGACAACCAUUCUCAUUGAACACAGAGAAGAACGUCUUCCUUCACACAUGGAAAAGCCAGAUGCCUUCUGGAGAAAAACUUUACAGAGAAACCAGAUUUUGGACUAUUUAACCUGGGUGACAAAAUGAACUAGAUGGAGAUGUAAAGGGAAGCUUCAUGCUGAGGAAUUGUUUCACUGAGGUUUAAUUUGAAAAAAAUAAAAGACUUCACUGAAUCCUUUUCA